AUUUUGAUUGUAACAGCAGUAUGUCUCGUCGUACCUACUCUUUAUUUGUACAGAAAACGUGCCUCCCGUUUGAAUCGUUCGAGUGUGGUUCCAAAACAAACUAUUAUUAUCGAAAGAACUACUGCCGUCAACACUUCUGAAGCGGACCCAUCUACUGAUAAAAAUGAAAAUAUUGAUAUUAAUUCUUAUGGAGGAUUUAUUCCAUAUAUUCGUAAACUUCAUGCUGAUCAAGGUCUUUGCGUCUCAUCAAAGUUACCCUAUCCAAAUACUAUUUCAGUUAUCGAUCCUAUGAUCAUAAAAGCUACUUUAACGGCUGGUGACCGCCCUAUUUAUUUGUUUAAAUUCUUGGAACCUUUUCUUGGGGAAGAUAAUUUACAAAUUUUUGAGGCCGGGAGAGCUGCUAGAUUUAGGAAAUUAAUUGGUACUUCAUUAGGACAUAAAG